UUGAACAGCAAACCAAACCCCCCACCUUGACACCAUGAGCUACGGCAGCUACUAUGGAGGGCUGGGCUAUGGCUGUGGAGGCUUCGGUGGCCUGGGCUAUGGCUAUGGCUGUGGAUGUGGCAGCUUCCGCAGACUGGGCUAUGGCUGUGGCUAUGGUGGAUACGGAUAUGGCUCUGGGUAUGGAGGCUGUGGAUAUGGCUCUGGGUAUGGAGGCUACGGAUACGGCUGCUGCCGCCCAUCAUGCUAUGGAGGAUAUGGAUUCUCUGGCUUCUACUGAACAACUCCUCUA